AUGGGGCUUGGAGUAGUUUUUUGCUGGUUUCCAAGGCGAUGCGAUUCCAACAAACUACACAUACUUGCCCUCAGGGCCGUGUCGUGUCGAAACAACAAUAUCUUGUCAGAUAUGAGUCAGUUUUUGGGUCGUCAGGACUGUAUCGAAAGCAUCCGAAAAGACGUCGUUGACCUUCAAGGUGCGAUUCUGGAUGUCUUUUCUAGAACUGGACCAGUCCGCUUUUCCUCAUGGAAGUUCCCCGAUAAACUCUCGUGUAAUCUGGACAUGGUAGCUCUACUGGAGCAAUAUGACUUUGUGGAUGGGGAGGAUGCAUUCAAUCAACAUUCCCACAUCGUGUUAUUGGAGCUGGUGAUUGACAGACUACUGCUUCUUCAACAAAGCUUCAAUGCGUAUGUUGAGCAGAUUAGGUGCAGUCACAGCAGAGAACAAACCCAGCAGAGAGGAUGUCUGUCAGUUGGUCUUGUUGUCCGAAACUAUUGGAGUAAUUUGGUUCAGUUUGCCAACAUCAAGGGGACAUACAAAGACAUCAAGAAACAAACUAAAGCAAAGCCAUUUGACUCUGAUGAAUCAGAGACGGUGUCAUCGGUCUCUCCCCAAGUGAGCACGUGCAGAUAUGGUUCUUCUGCUUGGUCUUCAACAAGCUCCUUUAAGUUUUUGCCCCAGAAUCCUGUGCCUUCCAGUGCAACACACGACACCCCGUGCUAUCCUAAAGUCGACAGCCACAAUGUAAGCUGCCAGACUGUAGAAUCAUCCCUUGUUCCCUGCAGUGCAUGCCACCAAGUGCAAUCUACUUUGACAAAAACAGGACAUGCUUUGGUGGAACUGCUUCAGAGUGAGAGCCUGCCCUCAUCUCUGCAGCCACUUUUAGUAGCCGUGGGAGACACCCUGGAGCUGGGACAUAUGACAGCAGGCGAUGUGGCUCUCUGGGCCAAUGAGCAGCUAAGAGACAUACGCCGGCUGGAAAAACAUCUUCUAGAUGUGCGCGGUACUGUGCAGCCGCUUAAACAUGGACUUGCAGAAGCAGAAGCUGAGCGUGACAGAUUUAGGUCCAAGCUGGAAAUGAAACAGAAAGAGUUCAAGCAAGAGAUGGAAAGACACCAAGUGAACACAGUCCAGCUAGAGUUUUCACUGAAGAAAGCACAAAGAUCAAUGAAAGAAACAGAGAAAAGGCUGCAGGAAGAGAAGCAACAACUAAAGAGAGAAACAUUGUGCUUGGAAGAGAGUAAUUCAAGACUGAAAGAGCAAGUGGAAGUACAGCGUGAUGCAUUACAGGUACUUGAACAAGAAACCAAUGUGCUGCAGGAUAAAGUGAGGACCUUGCACACAGAGGAAGAGGCCCGUUUGACACUACAGCAAAAGAUCCAACAUUUAGAGAGUCAAAUCUCUGAAACUCAACUUCAUCUUGACAAAGAGAAUGCAAAGUACCGCAGCGCUUGUCGACAGCAAGAGUCAAUGCAGGCGAAGCAAACGUCUUUGUUAGAGAGAGUUGACGCCCUCGACGAAGAGUGUGAGGAGCUGCGCAGGCAGGCAGUGGAGAGCGAGGAGAGACAGCUUGACCUUCACAAUCAGCUGCAACAGAUGACUGAGGACAAGGACCAAGUUCAGGCUCAGUUUGCCGAGCAGCAGGACCUGUGCUUGGAGCUCCAAAAGGAGAAGCGGACCCUGGAAACAUACGCAUGCGAGCUAAAGAGCAGCGUGGCUGAGCUCAAGGAGUAUGUGACAGCUUUGAGGGAGAGAGAGAGGCUGUUGGUGGCUUUCCCAGAGCUCAGCCCUCUGACUCGGGACCAACCAAAGAGUACAGGAAGUGUGCUUUUGGAUAUGGAGCAACAAUUUCAGGCAAAUGACAUCCGUGCAAAAAUUCUGGAGCAAGAAAACAGUACCUUGUACUCCAGCCUUAUGAAACUGAGGCACAGAGCACAAAAUAGUGCCAACGGGGAGGCCUCAGCUCAGCAGACCUGGAGCCCCUCUCUGGACAGCUCAUCGGUUGAAAGGGAACAAAACCACCUGACACCAAUGCAAAAGCGCCCCCUGCAGAGCAGCAGUGCAACCGAGCUGGAACACGAUAACAGAGCGAGGGAAGCCAGUCGAGUGGAACGUGGUCUAUUGUCAGCCGGGUCAUUGGAUCGUGUUUCCACUGCCUCUGCCUCCCCCUCGUCCCUGCAGCUUCACCUUCAAACCCUCCAACUCAACACGGACACCGAUGCUGCUAAAAGCCACGCAAAAACACGCCACGCUUCUCUUCUCUCUCGGUGCAGAAGCUCAAAUCAGAGGAAAAAAAACAAACCCUGAAUGCAUAAAAGCGUUCUGGGAGAAAACCUUCUUGCAAAUGCUGUGAAAAUGGACAACUACAAAGCUCAUAAAAAAGCAAAUUCCCCACAUUAAUAUAUCAUAAUGUAUUAGUACAUUAUACCAGACUAACACUAAUUAUUUAGUAAUUGUCAAUUAAAUUACAUUGUAGAGUAUGACAAUGGUCUACCACUACAUUUGCCCAUAUGUCAAGGUGAAUACAUACAUUAUAGAUAUGAACUAAUUGUGGAUUUAUGUAAAGAGCACUGUUACUUUUAUAGGGUAUUGAUGUCUUUUGUAUAUCAGGUUUCAGGUUGAACGAUAUGCUGCAUGCACAUGAAUGGGUGGCCUUCACAGCACACGAGUCCCUUGUCUCAGACGAUGUUUGUACAACAUUGAGCGUCACACAGACGUUCUCAUAGAGACAAAUGUGUUGAUGGAUAUUUAAGUGCUAACUAAUGGUGUUGUGCUCACGGGAUUCACGCUGUGCUGUAUCACCACAGAUCCUUAUUUCAGUCCCUCCAAGUUAACCUCAGGUAUUGGGAAUGCUCAGAAAUUGAGACCACACAUUGUUAGUUUGUUUAGAAUCAUAUUUGGUUUAAAAUGCCCUUAGCUCAGCUGCGUACUCUGGCCUGCAAGGGACUAAACGUUUGUGUCAGAGCUGUUAAAGUUCAAAGUUAAUUUGUUCUUGUAUUGAAAAGAACCCGUGUGAAAAUGAGUAAUAACAAACGUCUGAUUAA